CUUGAAAAUUCAGAAAGGCGGAAGAGACGAGUUUCCCGGCACAUUUUUCUCGCUAAAACCGCACUCCUCUUCUCCAUUUUUGUUUUUGUUUUUGUUUUUACACUCCUUAUAUUGCUGAAUUAUUUUUAUAGCUGGAAAAUAACCACACCACACAAAGUCAUCCCAAGGGGUGGAGAAGAGAUAGAGAAGGAGGUAAGAGAGAGAAGGUCAAGAGAAUGCAAAAUCUGGCAAAAUUCCAGUGAGAUGGCCAGAAAACCUGAGCCGCCAUCUAACCAGAUCCAUGCACUAAACAUGUCACACAACAAGUUAACAGGACCAAUUCCCACUACAUUUUCAAACGUGAAGCAGAUUGAAAGUUUGGACCUUUCCUAUAACAAUUUGAAUGGGAGAAUCCCUCCUCAGUUGACUGAGCUAAACACUCUGGCUGUGUUUUUUGUUGCAUACAACAAUUUAUUAGGACCAACCCCUGAUCAAAAAGCUCAAUUUGGUACCUUUGAUGAAAGUAGCUAUAAAGGAAAUCCUUUUCUCUGUGGAGCUCCACUGCAGAUCAAUUGUACCAAAAUUGAAUCACCAUCUGUUUUGACCAAUGUUUACUAUUAUGACAAGGAAAAUAAUGGUUUGAUUGACAUGAGUGUUUUUUACUGGAGCUUUGUGAUAACUUAUGUUGUAGUAUUGAUGGCAAUCGCAGCAAUUCUACACAUAAAUCCUUAUUGGAGACGAGCAUGGUUUUACUUCAUUGAAGUCUGUAUCACCUCUUGUUACUACUUUGUUAUAGACAAGUUUUGUUAGUUUUCCAAAAGAAUCAUCUAAACUUUGUAGAGUCAAGACUCAAGAGAGACUUUAGGAAUCAAAGUUGUAAGAGAAAAUGAAUAUUCAAGAGGUAG